AUGCCUCAACAUGUCACAGGAGACAAGCACUUCCUCUCUGUGCCUCGGCUCCUCUUCCACGGCGAGCCCUCGGCCACUGAAAAUGGGUGUGACCACAGCCCGCCUGGCAGCAGGGCAUCCCCGACCUCCCUGCACUGUGUUGACCACACACCCCUGGACUCUUGCAGCCGACCCCUAUGUGAGCCACAGUUCGAGAAGGGCAGUGGCCCGUUGACCCAUGAGGUGCAGUUCUUGGCAGGACCUCCAAGUGCACUGUGUGGCUGGCGGACCUUUGCCCCCCAGUGCCUGCAGGUCUUCAACACGCCCAAGGGCUUCCUGUUCUUCUUGUGCGUGGCCUCAUUCCUGCAGGGCAUGACGGUCAAUGGCUUCAUUAACACUGUCAUCACCUCCAUCGAGAGGCGCUUCGACCUGCACAGCUACCAGAGUGGGCUCAUCGCCAGCUCCUAUGACAUUGCUGCCUGCCUCUGCCUCACCUUUGUCAGCUACUGGGGCAACGGGCAUAAGCCACGCUGGCUAGGCUGGGGUGUCCUGAUCCUGGGUGCCGGCUCCCUGGUGUUCGCGCUGCCUCACUUCAUUGCUGGCCAUUAUGAGGUGGAGAUGGACGAGGAGGUGGGGACAUGCUCGGCCAACCAGAGCGUGGUGUGCUCGGACAGGGCCUCGGGCCUCUCUAACUACCAGCUGGUCUUCAUGCUGGGCCAGUUCCUGCAUGGCAUGGGUGCCACACCCCUCUACACGCUGGGGGUCACCUACCUAGAUGAGAACGUCAAGUCCAGCUACUCGCCCAUCUAUAUCGCUGUCUUCUACACAGCCGCCAUCCUUGGCCCAGCGGCUGGCUACCUGAUUGGAGGCGCCAUGCUGAAUGUAUACACAGAAGUGGGCCGACGGACAGAGCUGACCACUGAGAGCCCGCUCUGGGUUGGUGCCUGGUGGAUUGGCUUCCUGGGCGCUGGGACCGUGGCCUUCCUCAUCGCCAUCCCCAUCCUCGGCUACCCCCGGCAGCUGCCAGGGUCCCAGCGCUAUGUGGUCAUGAGAGUAGCUGAAACUCACCAGUUAAAAGACCAAAGCCACAAAGUGGUGAGCAACCCAGCCUUUGGGAAAACUGUCAGAGAUCUGCCCCUCUCCAUCUGGCUCCUCCUAAGGAACCCCACGUUCAUCCUGCUCUGCCUGGCGGGGGCCACCGAGGCCACGCUUAUUGCAGGCAUGUCCACGUUUGGUCCCAAGUUCCUUGAGGCCCAGUUCAGCCUGAGCGCCUCGGAGGCCGCCACCUUGUUUGGGUACCUGGUGGUGCCCGGCGGUGGUGGCACGCUCCUGGGUGGCUUCCUCGUGAACAGAUUCAAGCCUGGUUCUGGAGUCAUCCGGUUCUGCCUGCUCUGCACCUUGAUCAGCCUGCUUUCCUUCUUCGUCUUCCUCACGCACUGCCACGUGCCCAUGGCAGGUGUGACAGCCAGCUACCACGGGAGCCUCCAGCCCGAAGGCCACCUGAACCUGACCGCCCCCUGCAAUGCCGCCUGUGACUGCCGACCUGAGCACUACCCUGUGUGCGGCUCAGACGGCACCAUGUACUACUCCCCCUGCCAUGCCGGGUGCCCUGCGGCCACCGGGAGGGGCCCAGGCGGCCAGAAGGUGUACCGAGACUGUAGCUGUGUCUCUUCGAAUGUUUCCUCUGGUUUGGGCCAUGCUGACGGGAAAUGCACCUCAGCCUGUCAGAGAAAGCCCCUCCUUCUGGUUCUCGUCGUUGUAAUUAUCUUUACAUUCCUCAGCAGCAUUCCUGCGCUGACCGCGACCCUACGGUGUGUCUGUGACCGGCAGAGGUCCUUUGCGCUGGGAAUCCAGUGGAUCCUAGUUAGAACUCUAGGCAGCAUCCCAGGACCCAUCGCCUUUGGCUGGGUGAUCGACAAGGCCUGCCUGCUGUGGCAGGACCAGUGCGGCCAGCAGGGCUCCUGCUUCGUGUACCAGAACACGGCCAUGAGCCAGUACAUGCUCACUGCAGGACUCAUAUACAAGAUGCUGGGGUUCCUCUUCUUUGCUACUGCCUGUUUCCUGUACAAGCCCGCUCCGGGGUCCUCAGACGGCAUGGACGCUUCCCUGCCCAGCCAGUCCUCGGCCUCCGCCAACCCCACAGACCUGCAGCUCCAGAGCAGCGUCUGA